GCGCGGCGGGGUGAGAGGUGGGGGGAGAGGGCGACCCCUUCCGGCCGCGGGCGGUGAAGGGCAGCCGGACGGGCGCGACUUUCAGUCAUGGCAGGAGCAGAAGCUGAUGGACAGUUCCAGUUUACUGGGUUUAAAAAAUACUUCAAUUCCUACACGCUCACAGGCAGGAGGAAUUAUGUUCUCGCCACAUACGGAAGUAUCGCUUUGCUGAUUCUGUACUUCAAGCUAAAGCCUAAAAAAUCGCCAGCUGUGACAGCAAAAUAAAGUGGUAAGAAUCAGAUUUAGUC